CCAAUUCAGUUAUCAUACACAGUCAUACCCAGCAAUGCACUUCAGUAUCCACUCUCGAUAACUGCGUUAGUAUCGAUUCUUCCCUCAUCCCACACGCCCGCAAACCCCGAUGGAUCCGUGUCCUUUUGUUCGGAUCCUCAUCGGAAACUUCGCCAUCACAUCUCCGGCAGGCUCAAAGCCUUCUUUUCCUGGCGAAGCACACCCCUCAAGUUCCCCUUACUUUUGCCGGAUUCAACUCAGGGACUUUGAUUCUCAUCAGCAUCAUCACUUGGCCACCGUUCCCAUCGUUUCGCCAAACACCGAGAACUACCCUCCCUCAGUUGCUGCUAUCUUCGAUUUGAGCAAGCUUCAGAUGGAGAAACUUAAGGCGACCAAGAGUCCAGUGAUGAAGAUUUCUGUUUACAAGUCUCGGCAAACUCCGUCGUGUGCAUUCGAUACAGCCAAAUUAUUGGGCAAAAUUUCUGUGCCGUUGGAUCUGACCAUGGCCGAAUUUCGAGCGUGCAUGUUUCAGAACGGCUGGGUUGCGCUCGACGGAAAAAACAGGGCAUCGUCAUCGGGGCAGUUAUUGCAUGUCACAGUUCGUGCCGAACCCGACCCGAGAUUCGUGUUCCGGUUCGACGGUGAACCUGAGUGCAGUCCUCAGGUGUUUCAAAUCCAAGGGAGCAUGAAGCAGCCCGUAUUUACUUGCAAAUUCAGUUUCAGAGAUCGCAGUGUGAGUUCAAGGUCAUCUAUUUCAGAGCCAAGCAAUUCAAAAACCUGGUUGCCCUCACUGACUUCUCAAAAAGACCAUUCAGCGGAGCGAAAGGGAUGGUCCAUCACAGUGCACGAUUUGUCCGGUUCACCCGUAGCGGCGGCGUCAAUGGUAACUCCAUUCGUCCCCUCGCCGGGGUCUCACCUGGUCAGCCGAUUCAAUCCCGGCGCGUGGCUGAUUCUCCGACCCGGUGGCAACGGCACGUGGAAGCCAUGGGGCCGCCUGGAAGCGUGGCGCGAAAAUAACAGCCCCAAUGCUGUCGGUUACCGUUUCGAAAUCCUGCGGGCCGUUGCAUCUCCGGUGAUGCUCGCGUCCUCCACCAUCAGCUCACGACAUGGCGGGAAAUUAAUCAUUGAUGUCACCUCCGGCGUCACGCCGAUGAACAGUCCAAACGGCAGCUGGGACUUGGGUUCUGGAUCAAGGUCCGGGUCUGGAUCAGGGUCGGAACUCGGGCUGGACCAGGAACUCUUGUACAGGGGUUUCGUAAUGUCGGCGACGGUGGGCGGUGAGGGCAAGUGUAGCAAACCGGAGGUGGAGGUCGGAGUGCAGCUGGUGAGCUGCACGGAGGAUGCUGCGGCGUUCGUGGCCUUGGCCGCAGCCAUGGAUUUGUGCAUGGACGCUUGCAAGUUGUUCUCACAGAAGCUCCGAAAGGAGUUGAGGCAGUAGCUUUAGGUGUCUGUCGUUUGAUUUGCGCGGACAAGAUCAACCUGUCGUUUCAAUGCCACAGUGUCGUUUAUUGCGAAGCACUUUAGUUGAGUAGUGAUUAGUGACUAAUUCUUUUUUAUAUAAAAUGCGACAUACAGUGUGAAAUGACCUGGCAGGAUGAGGUUUUUAAUUUUGUGUUUCUCGUGAUUGCAGUUCCCUUUUUUCGCUUACAGGUCGAGUUUUGUACUCUUGUAAAUUAAAAUGGGUUCGUACAGUAUUUAAAUUCAA